CACCCGGCUCGCUCGGACGGCGCUCGGCGGCUCGGAGGGCUCUGGCGCCGCUCUUCUACGCUAGCGCUCGCCGCGACCGCACGCUCGGCCGCCCGCCCAGCGCCCGCUUACCGUACGCUCGCUACUUCACAAACUUUGAAAGUGCACACCCGGACUUUUUGUGUUAUUUAGUGUUCAAAACAACGAUUUGUAACGUUUAAACGUGGAUUUUCAAAAAGCUCUAGGAUUUCCCAGCGAUCUGAACUCAUUAAAAGUGGUGGGCCGCGCGGAUGGAGCCGGCGGCUCGCGCCUGAGUGCCGAGCACAGCGCCCCCUGCGCACGCGCCAUGGGCGACCUGCCGCACGCGUACGCGGAGCCGCGCCGCGCGCCGCUCUACGCGCACGCGCAGCUGCCGCCCCCGGAGCUGUCAAUACACGCAGUGUCGAACCACGAGCUUCUCAAGCCUAAAGAUGAACCAACCUACGGCUUAGCUUCUUCCAGCUUGUGCUCCUUGAACCUGUCUCAUGCGGGUACGCCAUACGAUAGCCGGCUGUGCCUCCAGGACAAUGGACCCGAUACCUCCAAUCAGACUGUGAAAGGCGACGAGGAACUAUCACGGGUGUAUCAGACCCUGACACUGCCGCCACUACCCAGGGAUGAAAGCGCUCAUAUCAACAGUAACGAAACAAAGAUUACACCAAAGUCAUCAGCGCCAGCUAGUCCAGGCAGCUCUUCAGAAAUGAACCCUCAAUCUACCACACCGGCGUCUCCAAACCUGACUAAGCCGCCAUACUCUUAUGUGGCCCUGAUAACCAUGGCUAUACAGACCAGCCAGGCUAAACGAGCCACCUUAAGUGAGAUUUACGCUUAUAUAACCAAACAGUUCCCAUACUAUGAAAAGAAUACCAAAGGUUGGCAGAACUCCAUCAGGCACAAUUUAAGCCUGAAUGAGUGCUUCAUCAAAGUGCCCAGGGAAGGGGGCGGAGACAGGAAGGGCAACUACUGGACCCUUGAUCCGCAAUGUGAGGAUAUGUUCGAGAAUGGGAACUAUAGGCGGAGGCGACGCAUGAAGAGGCACUUCCGAGCCACGCCGUAUCCUAAGCCGAUCUACGGGGAUGGAUACCACGUGUCCCACGUUCAACACCCGCACAUACAAACGAUCCAACUCGGCCCGAGGAACUACUUCGGAGCCAACUCUCCGUACCCACCUUCAUACCCGCGAUAUGAGAACCCCUGGUUGACUCAGCCCGCCACCGGCUUGACGUACAACAGCGGCUGCGGCAACAUGGGCCGCAGCCCGCCCGGCUGCUCGCCCGCCCUGCCGCACCAGCCGGCCCCGGCCGCCACGCACCACUUCGCCACGCACCAACUGCAGGGGCAGCUCCAAAGCCAACUGCAGACGAUGCAGCCGAUGCCGAUGAACACUUACAAUGCUAUUAAUGUACCUAUAGAUGGCUCCUCAAGUCCAGGCUCCGCAUAUGCUGCACCCGGAGAGUUCUCCCCAAGCCGGCAUCACGACAUUGUCACGUCGUCUGACACGGCUGUCUCUCGCUUCUCAUUCUGGCCUGAUGGUGGAUCCCCGAGCCCGAAUGCAGGAUACGUACCCACCAGCAAUUUCUCCCCUCCUCGACAGCACGACACAGUCACUUCGUCAGAUGCAGCUGGUCGAUUUUCAUUUUGGCCAGAAGUUGGUGUGAAAGAAGAAUCUUCUUCUAGCAUCAUAUCCAACGGCGCCUCGUUCUCUAAAUGCUUCAUGUGAAGGAAGUGAAGAUUCGAGGAUAAGACCAGAGCCGAUUCAGUUGUGCACAAAUCUCUAGAUUGACGGAUCAUAAUCCUUGGCCGCGAGGAAUUAUAGUCACAGAAUAAUAGCAUUUGGCAGUUUAGUUUGGGGAUUUGUGUUCAACAGACUUAUCACGACUAUCCAUUCAAAAUGCUGAGUGAAAUAAAUGGAUUUCAGGACUUUGAAUGGAUACCUUGGAGAUUACUACUUACACACCUUC